AUGGCGCUGCUGUGGGCCCUCAGGGGCGCGACCCGGCGUUUCCCUGGUGGACCCGGGCGCCGGUCCUCACACCCGGCGGCGCGCGGGGAGCGGCCUGGUGGGGAGGAGCUGAGCCGCCUGCUCCUGGACGACCUGGCGCCGGCCCCGCGCUCCCUGGAGCUCCUGUUCGGCCUGUCCCCGUGCCUCCUGGCGCUGCGGGCCGCCCGCCGCCGCGUGGCCCGGCUGCUGCUCCAGGCCGGCCGCGCGGGGCUGCAGGGAGGGCGCGCGGAGCUGCUGCGGGCGGCCGAGGCGCGGGACAUCCCGGUUCUGCGGCCCCGGCGGCAGAAGCUGGACGCCCUGUGCCGCCACCAGGUCCACCAGGGCGUCUGCAUGGAGGUGAGCCCGCUGCGGCCCCGGCCCUGGACUGAGGCCGGGGAGGCGAGGCCAGGCGAUGGCCCCCAGCAGCUUUGGCUCGUCCUCGAGAGGCUCCAGGACCCCCGGAACCUCGGGGCCGUGCUGCGCUCCGCUCACUUCCUCGGAGUGGAUAAGGUCGUCACCAGCCGCAGAAACAGCUGCCCGCUCACUCCGGUAGUCAGCAAGGCCAGCGCGGGGGCCAUGGAGGUGAUGGACAUAUUCUUCACCGAUGACCUGGGCGGUUUUUUGCAGGCCAAAGCCCGGCAGGGCUGGCUUGUGGCUGGCACGGUGGGCUGCCCCGGGCCUGAGAUCUCCGGACCCUCUGAGAUCCCCAUCACUAGUUGCUUGGAGUUCCUCUGGGACCAGCCUACUCUCCUAGUGCUGGGGAAUGAGGGCUCUGGCCUGUCCCCAGAAGUGCAAGCCUCCUGCCAGCUCCUCCUCACCAUCCUGCCUGGCCGGCAGCUGCCUCCUGGCCUGGAGUCUUUGAAUGUCUCCGUGGCUGCAGGAAUUCUUCUUCACUCCAUUUGCAGCCAGAGGAAGGGUUUUCCUGAAGUGGGGAAGAGAGGGCAACAUCUCCAAGACCUCAGAGAACCCUCAGCCACGGCUGAAGGGCCCAGAUUGCCUCAGCACCCAGGACUGUCCUCAGGAUCAGAAAGAGAGAGGCAAGACGGGGGCUGA